AUGUCACAAAUGAGCUAAAUAAAUUAACAUUUAGAGAUGAAUAUUAGAAUUAGUUUUACUACAUUGAAAGCUAAGGAUCCCAAAUAAGAUGAUUAUAACUAAGAGGUUAGUAUAAAUUAUAUGUUUAGCAUUAAAUAAUACAAGAAACAAAAACAUAACCGCUUCUAUUAGCAGAUAAAAUACUAGACAAAAGUCCUUUGUCAAGGAACAUGGAACAACUUUAAUAAAACUAUGAGUUUAAUAAGAAUGAAUUAAAUUAGUCAACAUAGAUAGAAGAAUUAUCUUUAAAGCUAAAUGAAUAUAUUGAUUCAUAUUUACAUGAGUUGAAGGAGUCUAGUUAAUUCUUAGAUUAAAUUUCUUUAUAACAAUCUGAGAGUUAUGAAGAGGAAGCACAAGAAAAUAUAUGUUAAAGAAUCUAUUAAGUAUUCUAAUAUUUUUAAAUUUUAGAAAUUUAUAUCUUAGAUAAGUUUACCGAUCAUAUAAUCAUGUGAUUAAAAUUCUAAUCUAGAUGAAUAAUCUAAAGUCUGUACACCUUUGUCAGUUUCAACUCCUAUUGCUAAUCAAAAUGUAGAAGUUCUUACGGAAUAAAAUGGAUUCAAUCUAUAAAAUGGAUUCAAUCUAUAAAAUUUGGAAAAAAUUCAUUUAUCUUAAAGUUUCCCUUUAAUUUAAUCUUGA